AUGUAGUCAAUUAUUAAUUAAUGCCAAGAUUUAGAUGAAGAGUACAGAUAACUUGUUUAGACAAUAAAUAACAUGUUAGACAAUCUUAGUAUUGUAAGUCUGGAAUUUGUGAAUUCAAAAUUAGAAUUUUUAGAGAAAUAUUCUUGUACUCUAAAAUCAAGUUAAAUUGAUGCCCGAAUACAUAGAAAUUCAUAAAUGAAGAACUUAAUCGAAUAUAUUAAGAUGCAUAGGAAAUCAGAGGCUAAAUCUCUUGCAUAAUCACCACCAGCAAAGAUGGCUCAUCAUCGCCCUAAGUAUUCAUUUAAUGAGAAGGCUUUUUCUUGUAUGCUUUAUAAUAGCAUGAGUCAAAUGACUCAUCAAAAAACACAGAAUAAUGAACUUGACUAAUCAUAAUAGAAAUACACUCUCAAAAAAAAAAACUUAAACGUUUUAUAAAAUUUGAUAGGGAAAUAAAAGUUUGAAUAGAGGAAGGGUAAUGAAGACAUGUUUAAGUUGCUCUAAAAAUGCAUGCAAUUAAUUUCAUAGAAAUAGGAAUUUUAAGAUGAAUAUGCAGAUUUGUAUAAAGAAUAUAGAGAUAUAGUUAAGAGCAACAAGAGUUUAUAAUAUAAAGUUAAUCUUGACUUAAAAUCAUCAAAAUUGAAAGAAAAUUUAAAUUAAUUAAUGGUAAGCUAAGAAUCAUUUAAAUCCUACCUCAAUUCAGUUAUUUGA